AUCCUUAGAUUGCUUGGCUGCGUAAAAUAUCUAGAUUUUAUUGUAUUUGAUUGUGAAUAAUCGCAUCUAAUGUCUUAAUUAUUUCAAAUAAUCAACUUUCAUGUGCUAUGCAUGUUAUAACUUCGCUACGCAGCCUAGCCAUUUCACGGACGGGAAUCAAUUAUAGAUUUAGUAAUGCCCUCAGGGAAUAAUUUGUUCCUCCCAACAUUUUAUGGCGUUUUUGUGUAGCUUCUCACGUAUUCGAUAGUGUAAAUGGAAGCGAAAGGGUGUCCAAAGUGACUUAUUUAUUUGUGGAGCAUCAACACAUAUAAAAACGUCCAAAAUGAACAUCGCAAAUAUACAACAACAGUUCCUCCAGUCACACCCACUGCAGCAUCUCCUACAGCCCCCGCCCUCGCCCCCCGCCCCGCGCCGCGCGUCCCCACCCCCUGAGACCUCCGAACCACCCCCCAAACAGGACCAGGCGGGAGACACUGGACCUUUCACAAGCAUCACUGACCCUAAUCUAACCGCUGAACAACGGGCCAUGUACCAUUCGGUAUUAAAGACUUGGAAACCUGGAUUGUUUCCUAAAAGGGAGAAGCAGUUUAUAUGCAAUAAGUGCUUUAAAGAAUUCAAGAAUUACCAGAAUUUAUAUCUGCAUACAACACGCGUGCACUCGACAGAGGCGUCGGCGGUCGUGUGCAAUUUGUGCGAGAAGACUUUUAAGAAUAAACACUACUUGUAUAUGCAUAGGAUGAACAAGCACUAUUCGGAUUCUGAGAGACGUUUGUGCCAGUUCUGUCUUCAGGAGUUUCGGACUGGGAGAGCUUUGCACAUGCAUAUAAAGAGAAUACAUCCAACUACAUUGCCAGAGCUGAAGUGUGCUGAAUGCGGGAAAGAAUUUAACAUGCCAUACAAGCUUCGCUACCACAUAGAGCGCACACACAACGCUGAUCGGGAGAAGUUUCCCUGCCCGAUCUGCCAUAAGAAGUACAAAACUGGACUGAAUUUGACCCAACACAUUCGUUCUCAGCACACUGAAGUCGACAGACACCCGUGUCUCUUCUGUACACAGACUUUUAAAUCUAAACAUCACAUGAAAAGACAUGUUUUGAACGUCCAUCCGCCGUUAGAAUCAAAAGUGGCAUGUCCGCAAUGUUUGAAGGAAUUCAAAAACGACCAAUACCUCAAAGAACAUAUGCAAGUGCACACGGUACACGAAAAAAAAAUCCCGUGUGACCAGUGUGAUAAAUUAUUCCAUUCUGACUUGCGGUUGAAAAAGCAUAAGAAGAUAGUGCAUCCAGUUGGCCAGCCGAAGUUUCGGUGUGAAAAGUGCGAUAAAGAAUUUGCGCACGCUCACUACUUGCGUCGCCACAAUAACUCUGUGCAUAUCGAGAAGAGGGAUAGUGACUCGACGCACGAGUGUGAACAGUGCGGGAAAACAUUUAAACUGUAUAAGUAUCUGAAGAAUCAUUUGAGGAGGCACCAGCAGCAGCAGAUGAAGCAGAUCUCUGAAAUGGUAAUGGCAGAGAACGGAGAACCAAUCCCAGUGAAGAAGCGCCGAGGUCGCAGGAAGAAGCAGCUGCAGGAGUUUGAGUUCAUCAAGUGUGAACCUGUGUCUAGUUCUGAUGAGUCCGGGAGCAGUUGCACGGAUAGCGAGUCCGAGUGAGUGGACAACAGUGGACAAACUGAGCAAUAUUUCC